UUUGCUCUCGCCCUCGGCCUUUCCCUGCAUCGCUUCGCCUGCCAAAGUGUCCAAGAUGGCUUCCCGACUCGUCCUCCAGCAAGCGUCCUCCCGCUCUGUCUUUGUCGCCCAGUCCGUCGCCGCCCAGGCCUCGCUGCCCAAGGCCGCCAAGGCCUCCGCCAGCGGCUUCAAGGGCGCCGUCGCCUCCAACGCCCCCCUUGCCUUUGCCAACCAGAAGCGCACCUACGCCGCCAAGUCUUACUUCCAGACUGUCGAUGCCGAUGCCAACACCUACAUCCCCCCCGACAACUCCAACUACAAGAUCAAGAACUACAACGAGGACAACAGCCGCACCUUUGCCUACUUUGUCGUUGGCUCGUUGAGUCUGGUCGGCGCUGCCACUGCCAAGAACAUCAUCACCGACUACCUCUACCACUUUGCUGCCUCGGCUGAUGUCUUGGCCAUGGCCAAGGUCGAGGUCGACAUGGCCGCCAUCCCCGAGGGCAAGAACCUGAUCAUCAAGUGGCGCGGCAAGCCCAUCUUUGUUCGUCACCGCACUUCCGAGGAGAUCCAGGAGGCCAACUCGGUCAGUCUGGCCGAGCUGCGUCACAAGGAGUCGGAUCUCGACCGUGCUCCCAAGCAGGACUGGCUGGUCAUGCUCGGUGUCUGCACUCACUUGGGCUGUGUCCCCAUUGGCGAAGCUGGUGACUACAACGGCUGGUUCUGCCCCUGCCACGGCUCCCACUACGAUAUCUCUGGCCGCAUCCGAAAGGGACCUGCCCCUCUUAACCUCGAAAUCCCUCCGUACACCUUCACCGAGAACAACAGCAUCCUCAUUGGUUAAAUGAAAGGCUGACCUCCACCUCCUCUUCUACCGUCCCCCCGUGCCUCUGCUGUUUACUCACACCGGGAUCGCGUUCUCUUCAAUGCAUUCCCCAUUCCCCCCCCCUUCCCUUCCUCUUCCAUUUUCCGGAUCUCGCCUGACCUGGCAGCAGCAUGUGUGUACGAAAGUGAGUGAGCUUUGGCGCGCGGAGAGGGCCAAGGAAAGGAGCAAGGAAACGUGCAAGGAAAGCGCGAGAAGGAAAUAGAGGGACGACGUUGCGUCUCCAUGCAUUUUGUCUUGAU